AUGGUCACCUUUACAAUUGAAGAUGCUAUAAAAUUGGUUAUUACAAAAAUUUGUACUCAGAUGAAUAUUAAUGAAGACGAAAGUGAGGACGUAAUUAAGCACAUUUCAAAUGACCUCUCACAUGAAGAGCGUACUUUCUUUAACGACUUAACCGCUAAACUAAAUUCUCAUGAGAGACAAGAUGAUUAUAAUAUUAACAAUGGAUGCGAUUUCACUACAAGCCUUACUGCCAAGAUAAAAGAUUAUAUUGCCGAACAGUCAAGGAUACGGUAUGGUGAUGACUCAACGAAUAUAUUUACCUUAGGUGGUAGCUUUCCUUGA